CAGCCCCAGGCCGCGGAGGAGGGAGAGACUCGGGGAACCCCGACGUUCGCCCCUCCCCCAGUGCCACCCAGACCGUGCUCCCGCCCCUUCUCAGGGUCCCGGGCGGAGCUCCUGUCUGCCCCGCCCCAUUUCACAGGCUCCUGCUCGCCCUACAAAGGGGUGUCCUGGGCGGUCCCGGGCUGGUGGGGCGGAGCCUGCGGCCUCCAGCCUUGACCUGGGGACUCAACCCGCCCCGAAGCACUACUGGCCGGAGCCCACCUGUCCAGGUCACCAUCACAGCCUUGGCAAUGACCCUCGCGGCUUCCUCCCAGCGCUCCCAAAUCAUUCGCUCCAAGUUCAGAUCUGUCCUCCAGCUUCGGAUCCACAGGCGGUAUCAGGACCCAAAAACCAGGAGUGCUGGCUGUCCCAGCAGAACCCCAGAAAGCUGCGAUUCGCAGCCACCACACCCCUUGGUGACUAAGGACGCGAUUCCUGCCUUCCUUGAGAGUAUAAAAGUCUGGGUCCCUAGAACCUCUGCCUUGCGGGCUCCUGGGGUUUCACUCCUUGGCCCCGCCCUCUCACGCCCGCGGUGGGGGGCUGUGGCCUGCAGGGCCCUCCUUCCCACACAGCCUUGUUCCUCCCUGCCUGGCUUGCUAUCUGCAGGCAUCUCGGGGUCCCUCACCACCUCUUCAGUCUUGGAUCCAGAUCCAUGGGUCUCAGCCACGGGCGCUGCUCUGGCCCCAGCCUCGCCCUCGGGUCCCACUCCUUUCCUCUUCAGUCCUGGGGACCUGCUCCCUGAAUCAGAAUAUGGCCCUUGGAGGUCCCUGAAGGAGUCUCCUAAGAUCUCCCAACAUUGGAGAGAGCCCAAGCCAAAGGGGAACUUGACAUACCACCAGUACAUGCCCCCGGGGCCGAGACAAGGGUCCAGGGUCGACCCCCAGGCCAAAAUGUUGGCUCUGGGUCCCCCUGGACCACCUCUGUGGGAAGGGACAAACUCCCAGCGGCCACCUCCUAGGAUGAAGCCCAUCCCCCUCACUCCCUCCCCGCCUGGAGUCCCCAGCGCCUCGCCCUCUCCACACAAGUUGGAACUUCAGACCCUUAAACUGGAGGAGCUGACGGUCUCAGAGCUCCGGCAGCAGCUGCGCCUGCGGGGCCUCCCGGUGUCGGGGACUAAGUCGAUGCUCCUGGAGCGCAUGCGCGGCGGCGCCCUGCCCCGCGAGCGGCCGAAGCCGCGACGCGAGGACAGUCCCGCGAGCGCUCCCUGGCCGCGCCUCAGGCCCAAGGCUCUGGGAGCAGUCCGGCGGCCGGGCUCGCUCAAGUCAGGCCGGAGCUGUCACCCUCCGCCUCUUCCACGUGCCGCUGAAACCCAGCCGACUGCGCCGGCUCCCGCGCGGGCUCCGGCGCUGACCCCUGCCUCGGCACCAUCCACGGCGGCCCCGAGUCUGGAGGAGGAGCUGCAGGAAGCCAUCCGCAGGGCGCAGUUGCUUCCGAACCGGGGCAUUGAUGACAUCCUGGAGGAUCAGAUGGAGCCCGAUGACCGACUCCCUUACAAAUACGGUGGCCCUGCCUGUACUGCGUGACCUCUCUGCAACUGGCCCGCGGUGAGUGCUGGGCUCAAACAUCACUCUGAUUGAGGCAUCGGAUUGUCUCUUUCCGGGGCUGUGAACCUGUGAACUCCAGGCCCGAGGAGUCUCUGUUGAGCCCUUGGCGCAUAGACCUCUCUACUUCCCCCAUUACCUCUUUGGUGACAGGUGGAAUCCUGGGGGAUGCCUACGCCGAAGGACUUGAAGUUGACCUCAGCUAAGACCGCUCAUUGUCAGCACCUACGCGUGGCCUCGGAGCGAGCCUGGGCCCCCUCACAGCAUGGUGGCUUCCGACACCUCGAUGGCGGCCGGAUGAGGGAAUGUUCCAGGCGGAAGUCCAAGCUGUCCUGGGGGACCGGCCACACACGCAGGCGAUCCGGGCGUCGGCCGCGAGGUUCUGUCAACCCCGCCUUCACUAGCGGGGAUCCGAGCGAGGUUCCACCGCCACGAGUGUUUACAGAGGGAACGGAUGGACCCGCUUCGAGUCCACUGAGCCAUGCUGCGCUCGGAGUUCUCAACAGUAAUCAUCCCAGGCCCUGGCAAGCCAGGGUUGCAGAAGCGGGGCCCCGGGGGUGUUGGGACGCACGCCGGCGACUGGCCAACAGGGCGGCGCUCUUUCGGAAACCGGGGGAAAGGUCCCCCCCACCCCCACCCCCACCCCGUUCCGGGCAAACUAGAAAAAAAUGAGCCAGGCCAAGGACACAGGGCUUGGAGAGGUGGUUGUCCGCUCUAUUUGAGCCGCGCUUGCCUCCUUGGCCAGGCGGCUUUGGGGAGCGAGCAGACAACCGAGUUCAAGGCUUCCCUGUUUUCUGUACGUACAUUGCUUCCUUCCUCCUCGGUAAGAGCGCCCCGCUUUUCCUCCUGUCCGCCGCCACAUCCUUCAGAGGAGGCUGAUCGACACCCCGGCUGAAGGGGGCAAAGAUUUAUUGAUUUGCAGCUAAGCCAAUCCCAGGGUCUUAUUCGCCUGGCCGUGUGUUGGGUCAGGCGGGCAUGUGAUACACUUCCGGCCAGUGAGCUAUGGGGGGGGGGGGGCAGUUGCAGGAGGGCUUUGGAAUGCGUCCCUCACUCUUCAAAAGGGACCGAAGAACGGACCUCUUUUUGGCUGCCUCGUGAAGAGGUUGCCCGCACGUGACAGCCGGUUAUGUGGCAGCCGUUUUGGGACCAUGGGGGGGGGGGGGGGGGGGUGGAGCGGUCUGAGAGGAGUUGAUGGCAGUUGAACAAGACGGAUGGAACUGGGGUUCCCGGUGACAUCGCCGAGCCGCUGCCUCGACGAACCCCAGAGAUGUGCCGCCUCCGCUCUUGUUGCGUGGGACACAGAAACGUGCUAUUUCAAGUCGG